AUGACCGAAUUCUUCACUCGUGAACAAAUUGAUAACAUUCGAGAAUGUUUCAAUGUGUACAGUCAAGACGGCAUUGUACAUUCUGCUCCACAACUUCGAUGUAUACUUAGAAGUCUUGGUUACUCGCCGACAGCAGCGAAAACUACAGAAUAUUUCAAAAACACCAAGCGACCCAUGGAUUUUGCAUUAUUCCUUGAGAUCGCCAAAGAGGAACACAACAGUGGUGAUGAACUGACUGAAAUAAUAAAAGCGCUCAAAGGAUUGGACAGAGACGGCACUCGAUGCAUUCCCGCUAAGGAACUGCGAUCGAUUUUAUCGUCUAUUGGCGAGCGCAUGAGCCAACAGGAAAUCGAUAAUGUAUUGAAACAUGUUGCUGUUGGAGGCAUGGUUCCGCAUCAGAAGCUCAUCCAUCUCCGGAUAUCCGCUUUUCAGAUCUCUUGCAAGAGCCUUUUUGCCCUAUUUGCCAGAACCCCAAUUAUGGCAGGCAAUUUCUGGCAAAGUUCACAUUAUGACCAGUGGAUAUUCGAAAAGCAAGAAUUAUUACGGAUGCGCAGUGAAGAUCUGAAGAUCUACACCGAAGAAGAAUACCAAAAGUUAAUGAUAUUUUGGGCUAAUUUGAUCCAGACGCUAGCCAUAGAGGGGAUCCAGCAAGGUCAUCCGAAAACACGUAUGCAGGUUAUAGCUACAGCAAUUGUGUAUUUUAAAAGAUUUUAUGCUCGUCGAUCCUACAAAGAUGUGGAUCCGCUUCUUAUUGCCUGUGCUUCUGUUUUUCUCGCAUCAAAGGUUGAAGAACACGGCCUAAUGUCUAUGUCGAAUCUGAUCAAGACGAUUCCAAACUGUUUGAAAAAAUGGCCAAACCUUACCUACGAUGCAUCUUCGAAAAAUAGUGGCCUCUAUGAUGCGGAAUUUAUUCUCGUGGAGAUGUUGGACUGUUGUUUAGUUGUUUAUCACCCGUACAGACCGCUUACAACGAUGUUACAGGAUAUUGCGCGGGAUCCCACUGUUAAGGACUUUCCGCCUUUUGAAGAACAAUGCUGGAAGGUAGCCAACGAUUCUCUUCGUAGCGACUGUUCACUCCUUUUUCCUCCACAUAUCAUAGCUAUUUCUUGCAUUAUAGUAGGAGCUGAACUAAUGAACAGAGAGAAGGACAUCAAGAUGUGGCUACCAGAACUUUCUGUCGACUUUGAGAAAGUCUACGAUUGUGUGAACACACUUUUCGCCAUGUACAAAACGUGGAAAACGUUUGACGAAAAAGAACACCGACUAGUUUUAUUUUCACUCACUUUUGGAUGGGCUGCCCGCUUCUGCGACCGAAUUUUAUUCGAGUAUAACGCUAUUUUAUGCAGGUUGACAAUCAUCCACAAGUUACCACAACAAUCCACCUUUUCUCCCAAUAGAUACCUUCGUUUCGGUUUCUCCACAAAUCCAUAG